UUCACGGCAGCAUGGCGGCGAGUUGUUUGCGUUGAUGAAAUCAGGAGUGAAAUCAGGGCUGAUCUUACUGAUCUGAGAUCAGAGAGGGAUGGAAGGUGUCCAGGAGCGACUGGCCCACUUUUCAUACGAGGCUCACGAUCUUUACCUAAACAGGUCGGUGCCGUAUUUGAACGGAGCUCCGGAGCCGCUCCGGUUCUACCGGGACUGGAUCGGAGCGAACAAGCCCUGCAUCAUCCGGGACGCCUUCAGCCACUGGCCGGCCCUGUCCAGGUGGACUCCGGACUACCUCAGGGAGAAGAUGGGGUCAAAGGUCAUCAGCGUUGCCGUGACCCCUAACGGUUAUGCCGACGCUGUGGCAGGAGAUCGUUUUGUGAUGCCGGAGGAGCGGCGGAUGAGUGUUUCCUCUGUGUUGGACAUCAUUGAAGGAAAGGUGCAGAAAACUGGAGUCUUCUAUGUCCAGAAGCAGUGCUCCAACCUGCUGCAGGAGCUGCCCGAGCUCAUCGACGACCUGGAGCCUCACAUUCCCUGGAUGAGCACGGCGCUGGGAAAGUUGCCGGACGCCGUCAAUUUUUGGCUCGGAGAAGCAAAGGCCGUCACAUCCAUGCACAAAGACCCAUAUGAGAACCUGUACUGCGUCGUCUCUGGAGAGAAACACUUCGUCCUGCUUCCGCCCACUGACCGACCCUUCAUCCCCUACGGUGUGUACCAGCCAGCUGUUUACCACCAGCAGGACGACGAUGAGUUCAAGGUCCUCGAUCAGAGAGACUCUCAGAAGGUUCCUUGGAUCCCGUUGGACCCCCUGGAUCCAGACUUGGAGCGAUACCCUGAGUACCAGCAGGCUCAGCCACUCAGGUGCAGUGUGAAGGCUGGAGAGAUGCUCUACCUGCCAUCUCUGUGGUUCCACCAUGUCCAACAGUCACAUGGCUGCAUCGCAGUGAACUUCUGGUACGACAUGGAGUACGACAUCAAGUACAACUACUUCCAGCUGCUGGAGUCGUUGUGUGACGUGAAGGGAUGAAGCAGGAAGUUGUCGGCGGCUGCAGGAAGUCUCCGAGACGUUCGCGUGUCGGCUGAGCCUUAACCCAAAGAAACAGACACAAAGAACUCAAACUUUUAAAAAAUAAGCACCUGAAGAAAAUUGUCUGAAGUGUGUUUAUAUUUUUAAGUCAAGAAAAUGUCUCAUUUGUUUAUGUAGAGGGGCGGAGCUUUAAAAUGUUUCUAGAAAC